AAGGUUGCCUAACUCAUUCCAAAACCAACAUUUCCACCCAAACCUCUCCUUGACCCAUGGCCGCCCUAGAGAUACAAACAACAUACCCUAACACCACCACCACCAAAGCUCCUAAUGAUGUCGACGAAGACGAGCUCUCGCCGAUCGAACAAGUCAGGCUAACCGUGCCCAACACCGACGACCCGACCCUACCUGUAUGGACCUUUCGAAUGUGGACCUUAGGCUUACUCUCAUGUGCAAUCCUUUCCUUCCUAAACCAAUUCUUCUCCUACAGGACUGAGCCCCUUCUUGUAUCCCAAAUCACUGUCUUAGUAGCCUCUCUCCCCAUUGGCCGCUUCAUGGCUGCCACUCUCCCCACAACCAAGUUCCGAAUACCCGGGUUUGGAUCCAGGUUGUUCUCUCUUAACCCGGGUCCGUUUAACAUGAAAGAGCAUGUACUCAUCACCAUCUUUGCUAAUGCUGGUACUGCUUUCGGAAAUGGACCAGCUUAUGGUGUUUAUAUUAUUGAUAUAAUCAAAGCCUUUUAUCACCGGAAAAUUUCCUUUCUUGCUGGUUGGCUUCUUAUUGUCACUACCCAGGUGUUAGGCUAUGGUUGGGCUGGACUACUGAGGAAAUACGUGGUGGAGCCAGCCCACAUGUGGUGGCCAUCAACUCUCGUUCAAGUCUCACUUUUUCGGGCUUUGCAUGAGAAAGAAGAGAAGCGGUUCUCACGGGCAAAGUUCUUCCUAAUUGCACUAAUUUGCAGUUUUACAUGGUACACAAUGCCAGGAUACCUCUUUUCAACAUUAACAAACAUCUCAUGGAUCUGUUGGGCAUUCUCUAAAUCAGUCACUGCCCAACAAAUUGGCUCAGGCAUGCAAGGACUUGGACUAGGAGCAGUAACACUCGAUUGGGCUGCAGUGUCAUCCUUCCUAUUUAGCCCCCUCGUUAGCCCCUUCUUCUCCAUUAUGAACGUUUUUGCAGGCUAUGUAUUGAUAGUCUUCAUUGCAACCCCUAUAGCAUAUUGGGGAUUUGACUUAUACAAUGCAAGUAGAUUUCCCAUUUUCUCUUCUCAGUUGUUUACAUCCCAAGGUCAACAAUACAACAUAUCAUCCAUUGUCAAUAACAAGUUUGAGUUAGAUCUAGCCAAGUAUGAGGAGCAAGGACCAAUUCAUUUAAGCAUGUUUUUCGCUCUCACUUAUGGCUUUGGCUUUGCCACUAUUGCUGCCACCAUUUCACAUGUGACACUCUUCUAUGGAAGAGAAAUUUAUGAGAGAUUCCAAGCUUCUUACAAGGGCAGGGAGGAUAUUCAUACAAAAUUGAUGAGGAAAUACAAGGACAUACCUUCGUGGUGGUUUUACUUAUUGCUAGUUGUGACAAUUGCAAUUUCCUUUGUACUCUGUACCGUUUUGAAUAAUCAAGUCCAGAUGCCGUGGUGGGGAUUGCUCUUUGCAUGUGUCAUAGCUUUUUCUUUCACCCUUCCAAUAAGUAUCAUAACUGCCACAACAAACCAGACACCAGGGCUAAACAUAAUAACGGAGUACAUGAUGGGUCUCAUAUAUCCAGGAAGACCAAUAGCCAAUGUAAGUUUUAAAGUCUAUGGCUAUAUGAGCAUGGCUCAAGCUGUCUCUUUCCUCAAUGACUUCAAGCUAGGACAUUACAUGAAGAUUCCUCCAAGAUCAAUGUUCUUAGUUCAGUUCAUAGGAACAAUUCUUGCUGGAACCAUCAACAUUGGAGUGGCUUGGUGGUUGCUAAACUCAAUUCAGAACAUAUGUCAACCAGAGCUCCUUCCUGUCAAUAGUCCUUGGACAUGCCCUAGCGAUCGAGUUUUCUUUGAUGCUUCUAUUAUUUGGGGUUUGGUGGGACCUAAACGGAUCUUUGGAAGACUUGGAAGCUAUGGGGCAAUAAAUUGGUUCUUCCUUGGAGGUGCAAUAGGACCUAUUAUUGUUUGGCUGUUGCAUAAGGCAUUCCCAAAGCAAACUUGGAUUCCACUCAUUAACCUUCCAGUGCUCCUAGGAGCAACAGGAAAUAUGCCUCCAGCAACAGCCUUGAACUACAAUGCCUGGGUUGUAGUUGGAACAAUCUUUAAUUAUUUUGUAUAUCGGUACCGUAAAGAGUGGUGGCAGAGGUACAAUUAUGUUCUUUCAGGAGCACUGGAUGCAGGGUUGGCUUUCAUGGGAGUGCUAUUGUACUUUUCAGUGGGUAUGGAAGGGAAAGGUGUGAAUUGGUGGGGUACAAAAGGUGAACACUGUGAUUUAGCAGUUUGUCCAACAGCAAAGGGCAUAGUGGUUGAUGGUUGUCCAGUGAAGUAAGGCUGGUUUUAUUUAUUUAUUUUUUUUUUCUUGUAAUUAAAAUAGCAUAGCAUUAGAAAGUUUAUUUGACAGCAUGAUGUUCACAAAUAAACACGUAAGUGGAGAAAGAUGUUUCAUACAGUUUAUAUUGAUAUCAAAAAACUCAACUUCAAAUGGAAAUGCACAUUUCCCUAAA